AUGAAGACGAAUACCCCCAUAAUCAUAAGCGAGGACGAAGAAAAAACACAUCAAGAGUGUAUAGAGUGUAACUUAUGCAAAUGCAUAUUAGUCGGGGGCGAUAAGGUUAGGGAUCAUGAUCAUUUAACGGGUAAAUUUAGGCAGACCUUGUGCUCUAGGUGUAACUUAGAGUUGCAACAGCCUAAAUUUGUCCCUGUCUUUUUUCAUAAUCUCACAAACUACUACUCGCACUUCAUAAUCACCGAACUUGGGUAUGAUACUCAAACUAUCAACGUUAUACCGAACAGUGAAGAGAAAUUUAUAUCUUUCUCGAAAUAUAUAAGUAGUACCUUCACUGUUCGGUUUAUCGACACGUUCAGGUUUAUGGCGUCGAGUCUGUCGUCCCUGGCUGAAAAUUUAGUUACACCCGAACAAAAGAACUUCCACGAGACAGCCAAACAUUUUGUCGCCGGAGAUAUGCCGCUCGUGACUCGUAAGGGGGUGUACCCGUACGAGUACACGGAUAGUUGGGAGCGGCUGGAUGAGACGAGGUUACCGAGGAAGAGAGAAUUUUAUAGUACAUUGACAGAGACCGGGAUUAAGGAGAAGGAGUUUGAACACGCGAAGGAGGUCUGGGACCACUUCGGCUGUACGACGUUGGGGAAGUACAGCGAUCUAUAUCUUAAAAUCGACGUGUUGUUGUUGGCGGACGUUUUUGAAAACUUCCGCGACGUGUGCAUGAGGGCGUAUAACCUGGACGCCGCCCAUUAUUUCACCGCCCCAGGCUUAAGUUUCGAUGCGAUGCUUAAGUUCACGGGGCAAAAUCUCCAGUUAUUGCAUGAUUACGACAUGUUGUUGAUGUUCGAAAAUGGUCAGUAUAUUAUUUUUUAA